AAAUUAAUAACAAUGGCCGUCGUAGUUGUCUGUCAUUCAGAUGUAUACCCGGAUUAUGUGAUGGUGAGAAACGUGUGGCGACUGCGAGUGGCAAUCGCUGCCGAUCGGUCAGAGUGAUUAUAACGCGAAUGAAAUCAACGUGACGUGUAAUGCUGUAAAGGAUGAUUUUCUAGUGGGUGGUUGUAAUCGCAGUGUCAACUAGAGUGACCACACGGAUGACCAGCUGACAAUGUUUUGUCAUUAGCAUAAUUUAGUGUUUAGCGGGUGGUCCGGGUAAAUCAAGAAUGUUUAAAGCUGAGGAACCAUCCAGAGACAGCUUCCUUCAGCAAAUGAAGGCCGCUAGGGAAGAAAGGGCCCAUGAGAAAGACAGAGAAGCUGCUGUCAUUUUAAUUCAGGCUUAUGUUAGGGGAUGGUUGACCCGUAAAAGAAUAUUGGAAGAGUUUGAUACGAAUUUUCUGAAUGAUGGUGGCACAGAAACAAAUAUAAAGUUAAAACCUGCUUUGGACGUGUAUAAGAUUAUUUUUAAAUUUUUGUAUAUAUAUAAGAAAGAAAAGGUUCAAGAAAGAAUAGAAAAGCUAUGUAGAUAUUUAGUGUUGACUCUAGAUUCUGAGUCUCCAGAAAUUUCUUAUGUAGGACUUGUAUUAAGCAAAGAUCGCUAUAUAUCAUGGAUAUCACAGAUGAAAACAAUAUUAUUUUAUUGUUUGACUGGUUUAGAUAAUCUUAAACCAGAAAGAGUGUCUGACCAUAAAUCCAUCCAUUUGAGAUUACAUACAUUAGUUAGUUUUACAUCACCAGGAACAUGGGCAAUUCAGAAAGUAGAAGGAAUGGAAAAACUCAAAGCUGGUAUGAAUCAGCUUUGUGCAAACAUAAUGGGCCACCUAGUCAACAAGGGGUUUUAUCCCAUUAUGCAAGCAUUUCUAGUAAAAGGAUUGGGUAGAGUGGAAAUUGCUUUAAAACCAAUUGCACUUUCAGCAGCAGUUACAUUAGCACUGAGACCAUUAAUCUCCUCUCAGAUGUCAGAUAAAUUGGUUUCAUUGUUUUUAAUUAAUAUUUUUAGCGUACCUGCAUUGGUCUAUCAUCUGAAUAGUAUAUCAUCAGUAUGUAUUACAUCAUUUAUUACAAACAAUUUAUUUGCAAGGAGCCUGGAAUUAUUGAACUCGGAGCAAAAUUUACGAAUAGUAUUUAAUGCUCUGGAAGGUAGUUAUGCACUGUGUUUGUUGGCUAAUUUAAUACAGUUAGCUAAUAUUGAAAGAGAUGAAGUGUUAAAAGAAUUGUACUUUCCAUCUUUUACGUUUGUUGUAACAAAAAUGUUGGAGGCAUGUCAGCAAUAUGUAGUUGCAAAACAAAGUAAUUUAACUCACUGGCAUCCUAUUCUUGGUUGGCUUGCACAAAAGGUUGAUACAUAUUUACAAGAACCUAUUCCAUAUGUUAAAUCACAAUUAGCCUGUUUGUGGACAGGAAGAAUAGUUUCACAGUUGAUUGGCCAACCUUUAACAGAACUUAUUGAAAAAGAGAUACCCCCAUCAGUAGAACAACAGAGUACAUCUGUUGGUACCAACAUUUUCAGAAGAGCAUUUUUGGAAGCACGUACAAAUAGGAAUAAUAACACUAAAAAUUAUAGGAAAUUGGGAAGUGCAGAAACUACUAGAAUAGCUUUAAUUUGUUCCCUUUAUCAAAUUGCUUUACAUACACUUACACAAAUGAAAAUGGAAAUAUUGACUGGUUUAUGUUAUCAAGAUAAAAUUUUAUACCAUAUGUAUUUAUUCUUGGGAACACUGGGUCCACAUUGUGGUUUAAAAGCAUUUUUGGACCAUUUAGCUGCUAAUACAAAAUGUACAGCACCUGAAUUUCAAAUGUUGAUAUUAUUUUCUGAUUGUAUGACACAUUAUGUUACAAUUUUAGAUGAUAUGGAAAUGUAUGAACAACAAGACCCGUUCAAACUUAGCGAUUUUGUAACAAUAUCAUACUUUUUAAACCAAUUUCUGUAUAAGGCAGUGCUUAAUAAUUUGUUUGAUGUUCCAGAUGUGAAAUCAGUUCCUAAUAAUCCCCUCUUCACCUCUCUUCACACACUUUUAAUGGCAAUUUACCGCCGGGAUUGUAGACGGACCUUUUGCCCGGAAGGCCACUGGUUGGCAAAGUUAAUUCGAGUGUCUGGUUUUCUAGCAGACCUGGAGAAAGGCAGGCGAGGUGCCGCUCUUCUCCUUUCUAAAAUGCCGCAUGUUAUUCCUCAUUCGGAGCGUGUUGUGCUGUUUCGUAAGCAUGUCGCUAACGAAAAAGCAGUUUUAGGUCUAACCGAAAGUGCUUGCAAUAGUACUCCAACAACGCUUAUUGUUGUUCACAGAACUCGUAUAGUGGAGGACGGAUAUCGUCAAUUAGCGAUGUUACCCUCUCAAGCACUUAAAGGCGUAAUUAGAGUUCGUUUUGUAAACGAGCAAGGUUUAGCUGAAGCUGGUAUUGACCAAGAUGGAGUCUUUAAAGAAUUUUUAGAGGAGACAAUAAAAAAAGUUUUUGACCCAUCUUUAAAUUUAUUUAAAGUCACUAGUGAAAAUCGACUUUAUCCAUCUCCAACAUCAUCUAUGCAAGAUAAUCAUUUGCAACUCUUUGAAUUUGUUGGUCGUAUGCUGGGUAAAGCGGUGUACGAGGGCAUUGUAGUAGACGUACCUUUUGCAUCUUUCUUCGUUUCCCAAUUUUCUGGGCAAACAGGAGGAGCAUUGUACAGUUGGCUGGACGAAUUGGCUUCUUUAGAUCGAGACUUAUAUCGGAGUCUUACUCUUGUGAAGCAUUAUAAAGGUGAUGUUAGACAGUUAGAAUUAACUUUCUCUCUUGAUGAAGACGUUUUAGGCAAAUUAGUUACGCACGAAUUGGUUCCCGGAGGACGAGCAGUGCCGGUCACUAAUGAAAAUAAAAUCAAUUAUAUACACUUAAUGGCCCAUUUUAGAAUGCACAUGCAAAUAAAAGAUCAAACAGCGGCUUUUAUCAAAGGGUUCCGUUCUAUAAUCAAUCCUGAAUGGUUGGCAUUGUUUUCCACUCCAGAAUUACAGAGAUUAAUUUCGGGUGAUAAUGUUCCACUAGAUUUACGAGAUUUACGAAGACAUACACAAUAUUAUGGUGGUUUUCACGAUAGUCAUCGUGUGGUGUGCUGGUUAUGGGAUAUUCUAGAAAAAGAUUUUUCUGAGGAAGAAAGAGGCUUAUUUUUGAAGUUUGUCACAAGUUGUUCGAAAUCACCAUUAUUGGGUUUCGCACACUUAGAACCACCAUUUUCGAUUCGUUGCGUUGAAGUUGGCGAUGACGAGGAUACCGGUGACACAAUCGGUAGCGUAAUAAGAGGAUUUUUUACGAUUCGUAAGAAAGAUCCGCAGAAUCGUCUACCUACAUCGUCUACUUGCUUUAAUCUUCUUAAAUUACCAAAUUAUCAAAAGAAAAGUACCUUACGGGAGAAGUUACGUUACGCUGUCACUAGUAAUACGGGCUUCGAACUUUCAUAAUUUUCACCUGGUUUAAGGUAAUUCCAAUGCAUACUAUAUGCUCAAAUUACCUAACGAAAAUUUCUACGAAGUGAUUGAGUGGUGCCUAACCGCCGCGAACCAAAUUGUCAGGCGAGGUGUUUCUAGUAAUUAUGUCAGAGACUCUAGAUCGAAGAAAAGCAUAACUCUCAUUUAUAUUAUUUGUAAAACAAAAUUUUUAAAUGAAUUUAUUGAAACGAAAUUGAAGACUCGCACAAAUUUUAUGAGAUAUUAUCCAUAUAAAGAAACAAAGUUUUUGCUUUCCUUAUCAUUUUGUUAUUUCUUUUUUUUUAUAGUAAGAAAUUUCUAAUGUUCCUAUCGAUCAAUUUGACACGAGAUUAAUUUAUAGUUAUAAUAAAAAAUGAAUUACCUUCUUGCUGUUUCUGAAAUUUUUAUGAGAUUUAUGUCUUCUGUCUUAUUUCGUAUACAAUCGUACUGUGUGUUGAAUUUACCUUGUUUUCACAGCACAUAUUCAAGUUUUGAAGUUUCAUUCUAUAAAACUUCUCGCCAAAUGGUAGAUUACUUAUGGUGUAAAGCACACUGUACCUCAUGAGCUUAAUAUUGCUAAUACUGUGCGCUUGUUAGUUUAUAGUAUCGUGAAUUAAUGUUAGUCUAUUAAAUCGAUAAAAUGCAUGACGCGAGUGUUGAAUCCGAGCCCAUCGGUGCCCGGUGAAUAAAUAAAGAGGAGAAAAAAGAAGAAAAAAAAAAA